CGGCAGCGAUGGCGGCGGCGUACUCGUCGCGUUCACCGAUUUCACUGGCGCUACGAGUCUGUCUCUAAAAGUUCCAUCUUUAUUUAUAUUUGUGUCUAGUUUUGAGGGCCACGAGGUGUUCCGCCGGCGGAUUUAAAACGGUCGCAGUGCCCGCCCUCUGAAAAGCAGAGUUGAGGAAAAGGAGCGAGACGCCUGACGAAGUUGUGUCAAGAACCGAUGGAGAGCAGGAGCGAAGAGGGGCCAGAGCCUGGACAGCGACUGAAACUAAACUAUCCAUUCUUAAUAAAAAGUAUUUCUAUAAAGGGAGUCCUUCGGCAGUUAGAUGAAACUUUUAUUCACACUUUUAAAAUCGACAUACUCAACGCACUGUGUGUGGAUAAACUUCGGUACGUCCCGUACGUGCAGUAGCUGAGGUGUCGUUAAGAAAAGAGAUUAAUUUAAUAUAAAUGUGACAGAAAGAGCGACAUUUUUCGCCGUUAUGACACUUUAUCGUAGUUGUGACUCCGUUUGGGCGCGAGGACGCGCCGUCGCGCUCGGGAGCUCUGCGCCGCGCGGCGGCCACAACUCCCACCUCAUCUCGUAGUGACCUUUUUUUUUUUUUUUUUUUUUUGCGGGAGCUCGCGCCGCGUCGCGUGGGCAGUGAGUCCGCGGAGCGCCCGCGAGCAGGACGUCGGAAUGCGGUUUUAAAACGCCCUCAGCAGGAGGUCGGGAACGAGUUGGCGCCUGCGAGCUCUGACUGAAAACAGACUCAGAGCGCCGUGUGUCUGUCACACUUAAUUGGAACACUGUUAUAAAACGUGAACUUUUAAGAGAUACUUGUGGUCGUUUCGGCUCUGACUUCCAACCCCCCCCACACAUCGGCACCUUAUGGUGCGACCGCGGCCACCGGGACAUGGAUGCUUCCCAGGCCGCUUUCCCGACCGGUGAAGAGCGGCCGAGCGUGAGCGCGCAGGCGGCCGGGAGGGAGCCCUCCUCGGGCAGGCCAUGGGCGCACUCGGCCCCGCUGUGCCCCCGCUCGCUGUGGACCGCCGUGUUCGACUACGAGGCGAGCGGCGAGGACGAGCUGAGCCUUCGGCGGGGCGACGUGGUGGAGGUGCUCUCUAAGGACGUCGCCAUCUCCGGGGACGAGGGCUGGUGGACCGGGAAGAUCAACCGCCGCGUCGGCAUCUUCCCUUCCAACUACGUGAGCUACCAGCCGGCCAUCUACCGCAGGCUCUCUCCCCAAGGCAGCGGGGCGGCGGAGGGGGCGCGCGAGGACGACGGCGGGGCGCCCGUGCACGUCGACUUCGGCGAGCUCGUGCUGGAGGAGAUCAUCGGCGUCGGCGGCUUCGGGAAGGUCUACCGGGGCACGUGGCGGGGCCAGGAGGUGGCCGUGAAGGCCGCGAGGCAGGACCCGGACGAGGACAUCACUGCGACGGCGGAGAGCGUGCGCCAGGAGGCCAAGCUCUUCUCCAUGCUGCUGCACCCCAACAUCAUCAGGCUGGAGGGGGUGUGUCUGGAGGAGCCCAACCUGUGCCUGGUGAUGGAGUACGCUCGAGGCGGCACCCUGAACCGGGCCCUGGCCGGAAGGAGGGUCCCGCCCCACAUCCUGGUGAACUGGGCCGUGCAGAUUGCCCGGGGCAUGCAGUACCUGCACGAGGAGGCCGUGGUGCCCAUCAUACACAGGGACCUCAAGUCCAGCAACAUACUGCUGCUUGAGCAGAUUGAAAAUGAUGACAUCGGAAAGAAGACCUUGAAGAUUACAGAUUUUGGCCUUGCCCGAGAAUGGCACAAGACCACCAAAAUGAGCGCGGCGGGUACCUACUCCUGGAUGGCGCCUGAAGUCAUAAAGUCCUCCCUUUUCUCAAAGGGCAGCGACGUGUGGAGCUAUGGAGUACUGCUGUGGGAGCUGCUGACAGGAGAGGUACCCUACCGGGGCAUUGACGGCUUGGCCGUAGCCUAUGGCGUGGCUGUCAACAAGCUGACUCUCCCCAUCCCGUCUACCUGCCCCGAACCCUUUGCCAAGCUCAUGGAAGAGUGCUGGGAGCAGGACCCCCACAUUCGACCUUCGUUUGCUGCCAUUCUGGAGCAACUGACUGCCAUCGAGGAGGCUGUAAUGGCCACGAUGCCCCAGGACUCCUUCCACUCAAUGCAGGAAGACUGGAAGGUGGAGAUCCAGGAGAUGUUUGAUGAGCUGCGCACCAAGGAGAAGGAGCUGCGCUCACGCGAGGAGGAGUUGACUCGGGCUGCACUGCAGCAGAAGUCGCAGGAGGAACUGCUGAAGCGGCGGGAGCAGCAGCUGGCGGAGCGUGAGAUCAACGUGCUUGAACGCGAGCUCAACAUCCUCAUCUUCCAGCUCAACAAGGACAAGCCCAACGUUAAGAAGAGGAAGGGCAAGUUCAAGCGCAGCCGCCUCAAGCUCAAGGACGGAAACCGCAUAAGCCUGCCCUCGGAUUUCCAGCACAAGAUCACUGUGCAGGCCUCGCCCACCAUGGACAAGAGGCGGAGUCUGAACAGCAACAGUUCCAGCCCUCCUAGCAGCCCCACGCUCAUCCCCCGCCUCCGAGCCAUACAGCUGAGCUCACCUGUUGACUCUGGCAGGCGGGGCAGUAUGUAUGUUUACCACCAGGAAGUGGAUAUCACAAGCGAGUGUGAGCCCCCUAUUGGGGGUAGGAAAAAAGUGACUCUUGAUGAGAGCAACAGGACGUGGGGGCGGAGCACGACGUACAAACCAGAAGAGUUCGAGGAUGUCAAGAAGGGCUUUAAGAAGAAGGGACGUACGUGGGGACCGAGCUCUGUCCAGACCAAGGAGCGGGCGAGCUGUGCAGAAAGGGUACGACCACUGUCAGAUGGCAGCAAUCCCUGGUCCACAAGUCUGGUCAAGGCCCAGAAGUCUGUUCCUCUUGCCUCCUUGUUUGCAGAGCAGGGGACCAAUGCCGACAAGGGUUACUCUGCAGAAAGCCCUGACAACAAACCAAAGCAGCUGAAGUUUCCCAGUCAGGUGUACAUCGAUCUACCUCUGUGUAGUGAUGACCAGGGUGAAGCCGGGGCCACCCCUGAGGGCCUGGAAGACCCAGGGACGUCAGCCAGCUCAGCCAGCACCACACCCCAGGUUACUCCCACCAACAGUCUUAAGAGGGUGCCAGUGCGACGGCGGACAGACUCUGCUCUCUACGGCUGUGGUUCGCUGCUGGCCUCGGUGGCUCUGGGCUUUGACUUGCGAGAGGCAUUACGGGGACCUGCCAGCGAUGAGCCCGAGCCCCGCGAGGAGAGAAAGAAGAGGGAGGGCCUUUUCCAGCGUGCUGCCCGCUUCCGCCGCAGCACUAGUCCCCCCGGGGGCCGAUCUCGUAAGGACGAAGCCAUCUGUGCCUCCACUCACUGCCUUGUGCCUGCCAACCUUCUCUCCAUGUCCUCCAUCUCUGAGUGCAACUCCACCAAGUGCUUGCUGCAGUCGGACUCGGAGGGCGCUGACCACAGCCCUGUGAAGGAGGCGCCCCCUGUUGGUCUGGCAGAAUAUCGGACACACUUAAGCAUUCAGGCCAUCGCUGUUUCCAAAACUGAGCUGCAACCAGCGACCGCGGAACAGGGUGCUGGCUCACGGCUCCGAAGAAAGAAGUCAGCCCCGGCGCUCUGUUACAACAGUAACGGUACCGCAGGCUCCCACACGAGCCCCCUGGCUCCCUCCUCACCCGGCUCUGCAUCAAGAAAGAAGCUGGACAGGGAAGCAACAGUGGCAGGAGAUCGUGGCGAUGGCGUAUCAAGACCGAGGCCUCCCUCGCUCCGGGGCAAGCCACAUACCUGGGGCCUUCUCUGGGGUCGUAAUAAAAGCUGCUCCCUGGGCCACUACUCUGGAGACAGGAGCGCCCGUGACCUGGGAACCCUGCUGUCGGUUGAGGCCGGUGCAGGGUGCUCUCUGCUCGAUAUGGAUUCUGAGGGCCAGAAAAGGGACUGCACUGUGCCCCUCUGCCGCAUCCAGAGCACACCUGGCCGGCCCUCUGUAUACGAGCUGGAAAAGGAGUUCCUGUCCUAAGACAAGCUGCACCUUUGGUUUCACCAUUGUUGUGAGUUUAAAAAAAAAAAAAAAAAACACCCUUCUGUAUUUGAUCUGUAUGUGGACCACUGAUUUUUACUUGUGUAUACAAGGUGCAUUCACAACUUGUUUAGGUGCUGGGCAUUGACUCCCCAAUGGAUAAUUUCAUACAGAGGAUGUUUUGCCUUUCCGAAACCUGUUGGCGACAGUGGGGAAAACAUUCCAGUUUCAUUUUGUGGUCAAACACUGUACCAGAAAUAUUGCAUUCCUGUUUUAAUUUUAAGUUUUAAGUUAUGUGAUCAUGCACAUCCUCUUAGGAUACUGAACAAAAUAGAAUGUUUUGCUUUGUGUUUUGUUUUGAUUUCAAGAUUGUGGUUCGUUUUGUAAUUUUGUAUUAUCACUAAGAUUUGCAGCUGCCGCAGUGUUCGUUGUCGUUCGCUGUCAGGGCACGUUACGGAAAAGACCAUCGCAAAGGCAUUUUACUGGUAUUUUGCUUUGUUCACAAGGUACCGGCGCUCUAGGGUUCAAAUAACAUAAGCUUAUAUGUUGGGUAUUGCGACCCUAGAAUGUUCCUUCCAGCUGCUAUAUAUGAUAGUUAACUUGACUAUGUAAAUUAUACUUUUACAGCAUUUUUUUUUUUUUUUAAAUGUAUCAACCAGUAUCCUAUAGCAACUGUUGUGAAAUUAGACAAUGGAAAGGGCUGCAGUGGUAGAUAUGGUAAAUCACUGAAAUGAAGGGAAUUGGUACAACAGUAUGGUUUCACUAAGAGACUCGCGUUAUUGGUGGGUUCUUAGUAAUAUUUUAGCACCAUUAGACAGUUAUUCAGCCGCCCAUUACUAUAUACGGCUACUUCGAAGUAAUACACAAGACAUGACCUGAAAGUAAUUUAGUAUGGUUAAGGGCUAAAACAAGUGUUUAUUUUUCUGUGCUUUUGACUAGCCAGUUUUAAUCCUCAUCGGAUUCAUUCCACUAUAUUUUUGUAUUUUGAAUUUGUAUGGAAGUGAAAAUGUACUUUUUUUGUGAAACUCAAUGCACCUUCCUAAUAAGGAUAGUUGAACGUUAGACAGUAUUCAAAUAGUGCCGCUAACAAUGGACUCCUGUUCGACAAGCUGUUUACUUCCACCUUUACUUAGUUAUCACCAUAGUAAGUGCAGAAGAAAGCGGAUUUUGUACAGAACUACCAGAUGCUUUCCUUCAGUUUGCUUCCACAGUGUUUGUUGUAUUGCAAUAUAUUUGCCAUACCGUUUUUUUUUUUAUUAUUUUUAUUGUUUUUAAAGUGUAGAAUUGACAAAAUUAGAAAUUCUACUUCCUUAACACUGGAAACACUGGUAGCCCCCAACCCCCCUAGGUAGUUUUUUGGCCACCAAAAAUGCCUAAUGGUUUGGCGUGUGCUGAUGAUCCGAGCUCUGGUUUUUCAUGCCAGGAUGGAAUUUUAAAAAAACUAUGCAAAGUGCAGUCAGUGGCCUUACUGGAACUGUCCAAAUCUCACCACUGUUGAGGUUCCCCAUGAAAUAUGUCUUUGACAAAGUUGCAAUCAAGUUUAAAUUAAUUUCCCAA